UGCUUCGAGAGAUUCGGUCGUUCGUUUACGGGUAAUUCAUAUAGGGACGUGUGGCACCGGGAUUGCGGUUUCCAAAAUCGAAAACAAUUGUGCUGAUAAGACUCGUGAAGAGUGAGCUCAACUUCAGCUGAUAAGCGUGUGCCGUGUCGUGGAUAAGUUUCGGUGCUGUGUGAGCUGUGAUAGAAAACUAGGAAAAUUUCUCGAAACGUCAAAUCACCAUGAGGAACCAGUUGAUCAGUCAGAUAUUGGAAGACGGCUACGCCGUGAUUGACAAUUUCCUGUCUGCAGAAGAAACCAAAGAGCUGCUGGAAGCCGGCCAGAAUCUUCACAAGGAUGCCCCGAAGGAGGAGCGAAAGGUAUUCAGCACUAUCAACUCCAGUGCUACCCAAAGCAGAGAUCGGUAUUUUAUCGAAAGUGGUGAUAAGAUUCGGUACUUCUUCGAAGAAGGUGCCGUAGCUGAAAAUGGAGAACUGCUGGUGGAUCCCUCGGUGGCACUGAACAAAGUUGGUCACGCCCUGCAUACAGAUCAUGCCGUAUUCAACAAGGUCACGUUCUCCAACCGAGUGAAGGAAGUGUGCUGGCAGUUGGGCUUCCAAAAGCCGGCCGUUGCUCAGAGUAUGUACAUCUUCAAAAACCCCGGAAUCGGAGGAGAAGUCAAGCCACAUCAGGAUUCAACCUACCUGUAUACGGAACCUAGUUCGACUAUCGGUUUCUGGAUCCCCCUGGAAGAUGCUACCCUACAGAACGGAUGCCUACACUUUAUCAAAGGAUCGCACCAGAGUGGAGUUCACAGAAGAUACAUCCGCAACCCGGACAAAUCCUCCCCAGAGCUUCUGAUCUACGACCGCCCAGCUCCGCUGUACCCGCAGUCAAACUUCUGUGCCACGCCGGUGAAAGCUGGCUCGCUGGUCCUCAUCCACAGCCAGGUGGUGCACCGGAGCGACGCGAACCGAUCGGACCGUAGCCGGCAUGCGUACACCUUCCACGUGAUUGAAACGGAGAACAGUGAAUAUUCCGGUGAAAACUGGCUGCAACCGCCGGCGGAUCAACCCUUUCCGGUGCUGUUCGAGAGGGAUUGAUCGCGAGUUGUUCUUCACUCGAGAAGCAUGUGCCAUAGAUGAUGUUUAUUUUUUUUGUUUGUUUUCAUUCCUUUAUUUCAAUGUGGAAAUAUAUGUUUUCUGAUUAAGCUUUAAA